AUUUUAUAUUUCACUCCUUGUUCAGUGGUGACAGCAGAGUAUGUUGGCUUUGAAAUGGAAUCCAAGAAGCAGGAAUCUGAUAAGAAAAGGAAAUCAGAUCCAGGGGCAGGAUCCAGUUCAGGCAAUUCAAACAUCCUGGUUCGAUAUAAAGCGCAGCUAGAUGAUGUUCAAGUUGAAGAGAUCAACACACCUAUCUUACCUGCCUCUAGCUGUGAUAAACGUGAAGAAGAGGAAAACCAAAGCUCAUCAGAGUCAGUAAGCUCAUGUUCGUCACCCAAAAAUGUGCAAAACGAUGGUGUGGAGCAAAAUAGAGACUCAUCACCCAUUAAAUAUUUCCAUAGUCGCUUUAAACGUUCCAAGACAGUCGAUUCUGGCUCCCCCAUUUCCUCAAUACCGGACCAGCCUGUAGUAGGUAGUGACAAUAGAAAUUAUUUCUCUGACUGGAAAGGGCGUUUCACAAAGAAGGUGCAUGAACUGAGAGAAAGUAAAGUGGGCAGAGAUUCUAGUUUUAGUGACAAAGACCCAGAGUUUUUGUCACCAGAACCAUCACCCACCGCCAGAAGUUUCGAUGACCCUACGUACCUCUCUUGCGGUGACACAAACAAUACUGAUGACAUCAAGUCAGAGACCGAAAAUUUAACCAAAGCAAAGCGACUGGAAAAACUUAGCUUGUACCUGGAUAGCAAGCUCAUAAGUCAAGAUGGCACCAAGAGCCCAGCUCCGGCAAAUACCAACGAAACCAAUGAAAAGAGAACCGAAAAGGAGUUGGACAAAUCAUCAAAUGAAGAGAAAAAGUCCCUUGGGAAAAAGAGCAGUGCUCCAACUAAGUCUAAUCCAUCAAUCAGAUCGUAUUUUAAAAAUCGGAAGCGCUCGUAUUUAAUCAAAGGCGUGGUCGAUGCAGAGAAGGUGGAAGAGGCAGAGGAGGCUACAGUUCAUUACAAGAUGAAUCAGCCAGAAGUUUCGCGACAAAUUCCCAAGGAGAAGCCACUCUCUCGGCGAAAAAUUAGUGUUGAGGCACUCAUGCUGGCCAUCAACUGGUGGAAAGUGUUUUUUGGUGCUGUUUUCUUCUUUUUUAUCCACUACAAUACCCCAGGCUAUGUGUCGGCAUUCUUCGCUGGAUUUAUUUUAUCCAUAGAAUUGAAAAAUGUAAUCCAGAUGCUGCAAAAAAUGUGUGGAUUCCAGCCAAUGAACUGCAGUGAUGACAUGCUCUUUUACACGGCAUUUUUAAAUGAGGAGGGAGUUCCAGUCCUAAGUGAUUCAGCCAUCUUCAAUUCGCUACCUGAGAAAAUAGUUCACCAGGACUGGAUGAAUGAGUUAAUGGAUGGUGAUUAUAGCUCUGAAUGUUUCCAACUAUCAAGAACUGAGACGGUGUACGUUCAUUUAGAUGGUCCCAUUCUCUUCAUUUCAACCCCACGCUUCAAAAUCCCAAAAAGAGCUGUAUGGAAUGAGCCCCAGUACAAAAUGUUAUUCAAUGAAAAGCGUAUGUAUGUCAUCACAGAUUGUUGUGUAGACUUGGUACCCGAGGGACUCAUCAGAAAACGAAAGUGGAGUCGCAGGUUCCCAAUCAGGAUUAAACUGCUUCCACACUCAUUCAUUGGUGCUUGUGUUCGUGGCAAAGGACAGUCGACAAUUAGUGAUGAUGCAACCUGGGUGCCAGCUGCAAACUAUGUCAGCCGAUCUGCCUCAGAUUUCUCACUCAAUCUCUCAAGAGUCAAUAGUGAAUCCACAAUGAAUGAGAGCCAAAGUAAAAAUGCUAAAGAGGCAUCUCACUCAGCAGACUCUGAAAAUUUUAGAUACAAAAAUCGGGAUGGAAGCAUUGUUAUGCAAGAACAGCCAGCUCAAAACAAAAGUUUUUCAAGGAGCCCUCCAAGUGUGAGAAAACAAGACAAUCUAAAAGGUGCCAAAAUGAAAUCGACAAGUGUUGACAACAUCCACAGAAAAGUUGAUGAGUUUUUUGUUGGCUCAGAGUCUGAGCUCCUCCCAGCAUCCUCCUCAGCUCAGCUUGAUGACGAUGAUGAAGAGUUCUUUGAUAUCGAAAAAACCGACGAAGAAGAGGGGAAAGAAAGCCAGAAUAAAUUAUCAUAUCGUGGCAAGAAGCAUAUCAUUUCAUCCGAUGAAGAGACUCUUCUACUCAAAAGGCUGUGUGGUUUCAAAGAAGGUCAAGUCGAAUCUUCAUCCUCACCAAACCCAUUGGAGGGGCAUUUGAUGGAUGAGGAUGAUGACAUCCCAAGCUCCCAAAAGAAAAUGUCGGAGGAAAUACAGUACUUGUAUUUAUUUUGCCGAACAAAUCGGCAGAAAGAAGCCUGGUUUCGUUACUUGUCUGCAGCAACUAAGUUCAAGAUCUCGCAUGGAGAAACAAAAAUCGAGGAACGCGAAGGGCUGAAAGUUGCAAGUAAUUCACUGGAUGGCUCUGAAGUACCUCUUCCUGUGCGCAAGAGCAAAUAUCUAAGCUACAUGUACAAUCUACAGCAAAACAUUGUUCCUAAAGCUCCUAAUGAUAUCUCAAUAGUAAAUGAAGAUGAUUGUAGUCCAGAUGUUGAAAUUCAGCUGAUGUGGCUCAACGCAAUCAUUGGAAGAGUUACGCACGAGUUCAGUAAAAAUUCUUUGAUUUGUAGCCUUAUCAAAAAUAAAAUUCAACAAAAACUACGUCUGGUAUCGCUACCCCGAUUCAUGGAUGCUCUGAAUGUAAGCAACCUUGAAAUCGAAGAUGUCUACCCUGUGAUAAAGCGUGCAAGUCGUCCAACGUUGGAUGACCGAGGGAUCUGGGUUGAUUUGGAUGUUGUCUAUAGUGGAUCCUCAAAACUUGCUAUCGACACCAAGCUCAAUCUACUGAAACUGAAAAAGGUGGACGCCAAAACGCCCAUCUCAACCUCUCUCACCAAUCUUAUUUCGCCUCAAGUUCCUCUUUUGCCUGAUGACUUGCCAGAAUCAUUACCACGCUCUGCAGCAUUUCACAGCGAUGUAGAAUCUGAAAGCUCUGGAAACUCAUCUGAUGAGGAUAAGCUUUUAGAGAUGGCGUUGGAUGCAGAGCUAGAGAAUGAGUUGGGGUCUGGAUCAAAUCCAAGUAGUAAGCCCCGGGCACAAAAGAAGACCGGGCAAAAAGUGCUCCAGUUUGUAGACAAAUUCACAUCUACCAAAAUUUUUGAGUCAUUCAUUGAAAACAAAUACGUUAAACGAGUUGUUGAAAAUGUCUCAAAUACUGAUUUGUCUCUGAUGGUGGAGCUGAAGUGGCUGUGUGGUACUCUAGUUAUCAACAUUCCUCCGCCUCCUGCUGACAGAAUAUGGAUUGGUUUUCGGAAUAACCCUAAAAUGGUGCUUUCGUGCUACCCACGAUUCGGCGAAACAGAAGUGUCCUACAUGGAAGUUUCGAAGUGGAUCAGGAAGUUGCUCAUUAGAGAAAUGGAGAAAAAUCUUGUUUUACCAAAUAUGGAGGACAUUCUACUCCCAAGUGAGCUUUUCUGAACGACCGAUUGACUGAUCUAUUCAAGAAGCAAAUGUUGAAGAGUCACUGGUCUUAAACUUCGUUAAAGUUUGUUUUUAAUGUUAUAUCAGUCACCUGCUUAUCUUGUUUUCCAGUCCUUUACGAAAUUUAGAUUUUAUUAUCUUUGUUAAGCUAGCUUCAAUGUGCAAUGUUGGUACUCUAUGGUAAACUCAAAAGAAGUUGUCAGGCCAGUUGUCGUAUUUCAAUAUUUUAAUCAGAGGUAACCUGAAUUAUUGGUCUCUCUUGCAGCAAUUCACAGAAAUUAAUUCCAUAAAACCAUUACAAGAAAGCAAAGAGAAUGCAAUGCCUACCAUGGGUGGAGUGGCACCUCCUACUUUUAAGUCAAAAUGGCGAGUUUUUUCUACCUGCCUGACAGUUCCUGCUAAUAUUCACCAUCAGCUGGUGCCCAAAUUUUCCCUCUCAUGUGAAACAGCAUGGGGUUAUGUUUGGGAAUGAAAAAAACCCCAAAUGAAGGAGUAUUUAUAAGUCAAAAAUUUCAAUGACCACUUCUUGAGAAUUUCCUGCAGAGAUUGAUGGGUAAUAAGUUCCACUUCCUUUCUAUUUAGGCAAGGAAUUCUUUUUUGAAAAUAUUAAAAAUAGUGGGUAGUGGUGCGAUGAAUUCUUAGUCACUACCCUGCAACUGUUCGCUAUUCUGAGGAUAUCCAAAAAGUGAUUUCUCAUUCAUUAUGAAAAAAAAGUGGGACUUACUACCAACCUUUUUCUUCCAAAAAAUCUCACGAAUUGAUUUGUGAUGUUUGCGAUGUAUCCAUUUUUCUUCAUUUUUGAGUUAUUUUAUUGGAAUGAAAAAUCCCAUGUUAUUCCGCGGAAGGCCAAAA